UUUUACUAAGUUAAAGUAUAUUUUUAAGUAUACUUUAGGUGUAAGAGUAGUAAACUUUGAGUACAUAACUAGUUUACAUCUAAGUUUUAAUUUGUACUGCAACUGUAUUGUGAACUACACUAAAAUUAAACUUAUAGAUAUACGACAAAAACAUAAACCAAACUAAACCUCUCAUUUUUUCAAGCUCUUUAACUUUUUAGACCAGGCUCUCUCUCUCCCCCCUCCACGCUGGAGGGAGCCAGUCUUUUAAAGUAAACUAUUACUCUAAUAGUUUUUAUACUGCAAGUAUACUUAUGUUUUUUUUUAAUUAACUCAACACUUAUAGUUUAUUACUUAUAUAUUGUUUUUGCACUGUAGAGGUCUGCACUACCGUGGGUCCAGGUGGACCUCUACACCCGCCACAGUAUUUUGCCGCAUGGGACUAAUUUUCAGUGUUGUGCCCAGGAGCGGGCGGGACACCAGCCCACUGCAGGCGGGAGCGGGACUACUACUGGAACUACUGGAACCAGUCCUGAAAUGAAUACCUGCAUAGGGGGAAAAGGGGAAUUCACAGUGCUACAGCAGCAAAGGGAUAGCAAAGCACUCAAGAAAAGAGUAAGAAGAAGUAGACAAACAAGAAAGCCGCCAGAAUGAGACAAAGACUGCCCCUCGUCACACUGUCCAUCAUCCUGAUCGGUCAUGUCAGCUGUGCGUUUGGGGUCGUAUUCAAUCACUACACCUCCUACUACGGGAAGCUUUGUGGUGACACCUGUGGACUGCAUGGACAAAACUACUACUGGUGCAACACCAGACAGGGCUGGGAUUACUGCUCUCCAAUACAGAACAGAGAUUAUACAGACAAAGCUUGUCGAGAUGAUCAUCCCUGUGGAAAGUAUGGUGAAAGUUACUACUGGUGCUAUAAGGAGGGCUGGUUUGCAGGCUGGGGUUACUGUGGGCGAGUGGAACCCAAGACAAUCUUAUAUGUAAGUUCAGAGUACCAGCUUGUGUGCAAUGAUGACUGUUCAUAUGAUGAGUCUUCGGAGUACUACUGGUGCCACACUGACGAAGGCUGGGAUUACUGCUCCCCAAAACAGAAUGUCACGUACAAAAACGUUCCCUGCCGGUCAGACCACUUCUGUGGUGCCCAUGGCUAUAGAUACAUCUGGUGCUGGACAACAACAUCAGAGUGGGAUUACUGUGGGAUUAUUAAACCCGGCGAAUGUACGUACUGCUCCACUCAAACUAAGAACAGUCAGUCUAAUAACGCAGUGGCGUUCUGUACCCGGAUAGACAGGGGAAAUAAUGUAGUAACCACUUUCUACGCUGAGCCAGACCCUACAGCAUUGGCAGAUGGCAGCCCUUGGAGAAAUGAGAUAACAGACUUAAUUGCCCGCUGGGACAAUGGGUACUUGGGCAACCAGGCCAGAUCCAACCUGAUCACCUCAACGAAUCUCCGCAUUGAUCUACAGGCGCUGCCGUACAAAGACGGUCAGCAAUACUAUAACCUACAAAUCCAGCUGAAUGUCCCCCGCCGGCCUGGGCAGAGCACCACGGUCUCCCAGAUCCUCAUACCUAGGGACAGUACAGUUCCAGACAGAUAUGUCCGAUUUGCCUUUGUGGAGAGCUUCCGCCGUCGGGCCAGGGUGACCGUGAGAGUAAACCAAGGCGAGAUCAAAAACGAGUACUGUUCAAAGUAAAUGUAUUAAGGAUUGAGUUCUCUGUCAGAGAUUGAAUGUUGCAGAAUUGCAGGUACACUGUAAAUAACAGCUGUAAAUUUACAGUCACAGCUUUAUUCCUUACAUACAGUAGAUUGUCGUAAAGAAUGCAGGUGCACUUGGGAGAUUACAUUCUUCUUAUCAGAUCAUUUAAAAUUCAGAUUUCUUAAUAAUUAAUUGUAAUUUGCAGUGUAAGCUGUGAAAGUGGGUGGUACUUUGUGCAGUCUUGAGCAGCCUGUCUCCUAAAUAUUGUAGAGAUGGUGGCGGGGCUUCCCAGUAUUCCCUGUGAUUUUGUCUGUUUUUUUAUUUAUCUUGUUAUUCCUUGAAGAUAUAUUUGAAUUAGUUUGACAUGUUAUGUUUAAUCAUGAUGGGGUUUUGUGUUUUGGUUAACUAGUUUGUGCAAUAUUAAAAUGAAUGUAUAUUUCACUAUUGCCCUC